CUGACACAUGACACAACACACCUAUCAGCGAUUAGCGGAUUAGCGCUACUUUAGAUUUUAGUUUUAUGUGAUUGAUAUGUACUGUUAAGAAAUAUUUGAUACCAUUUUUUAUUUUUAAUUUGCUCUCCAAAGGACUCAAGAUGCGCUAUUACUUAACUUACACAGCCUCAAUAUUGUUUUCUUCGGUUACUACAAUAUUUAUUCUUUAUUAUCUACUGACUGGCAAAGGGGAGCAAAUCAGUCCAGCAUGGUUUCUACUCGGUGUUUCUCCAUAUAUGUGGUCAUCCUUUGGAAUUGGUUUAGCUGUAUCCCUAUCUGUGCUUGGAGCUGCAAUAGGUAUUCACACUACAGGAGUCAGCAUAGUUGGCGCUGGUGUGAAAGCUCCAAGAAUUAAAACUAAAAAUUUGGUUUCAAUCAUUUUCUGUGAAGCAGUUGCCAUUUAUGGCUUGAUCAUGGCUAUUGUCCUCUCCAGUAAUUUCAAGGAAUUUGAUGGUGCCCUGUUUGUCAAAGACGAGUCAGUCUUCUCAUCUAACCAUUACGGAUCGCACGUAAUUUUUGGAUCCGGUUUGACAGUUGGUUUCGUAAAUCUAUUCUGUGGAAUUUGCGUUGGCAUUGUUGGAUCUGGUGCAGCAAUUGCAGACGCCGCUAACGCUUCCCUAUUUGUUCGAAUCCUCAUCAUCGAAAUUUUCGGAAGUGCUAUUGGCUUGUUCGGGCUGAUUGUGGGAGUUUUUCUGUCCUCCAAGGCAAGUGGAUAGAUAUCCUCAGUGAAUAUGUAUCAUAAUAUGUAGUCUUUGUAUAUACUUAUAUCAGUCGGUCUAAGAAACAAUAACUUUUAAGGUUUACAUAUGUUUGAAAUUCAAAGUUUGGAAUAUAUUGAUAGUUAAAAAUUCUGA